UCACUACCAGACUACCAUGGCAUCUUAUUCACAGGAAUCUCUGCAAAGCAAUUUUUCAUGGGCCUUACGGAACGGGUCCUCUUUAGCCUCGGUUAUAGCCGAGUGUAACAAGAACGGAACUCCUCCGGCUCGGAUACCCAUCCAGAUCACUGUCCUAGUCAUCGCCCUUCCUGCGAAUGCGCUCCUGGUCUGGUUGCUACUGAGAAACAAGAAGCCUCUGUCACCCUCUGAGGUUUUAGGCCUCAACCUCGCUGUGCUCAGUAUCAUAUAUUGCCUCAGUCUGCCUUUAGACAUCUAUAUUUCAACACGUCUGCGCUCCGGACUGCUCCUCCGUAUCUGUCACACCUUCUCCAUCCUCAGUUACUUCGGCUGCCCCCUCCUGCUCUCCAGUAUGUGUACGGAACGCUUUGUGGCCGCAUCCUUCCCUGUGCUCUUCAUGAGACUCGGGAAGUUGGAGUACCGCGCUGCAUACUCUGCCUUCCUCUGGCUGCUCACUAUAACCAUGGCAGCUGCCACCUACAUCUACAGCCUCCCUGUUGUAGCUGUGGCCCUCUCCUUCAUCAUCAACAUCCUCUUCUUCUUCAUGCUGAUCGCCCUGCUGGGCAUCGUGUGGGUGCUGUGCAAAAAGGGUCCAGGUGACGCCACAAACGGGGAACAACGGGAUUCGUCCAUAAAGAAGAGAGCUCUGAAGAACAUCCUAGCUGUAAUAGUGCCCUCCACUAUAAUCUAUCUGCCAGUAGUGGCCCUGGGCCCUUACCUCCUGCUGCUCGAGGCAAUCGGGGAUGAUGGUAUGAAUGCGUUUCUGUGCAAUGGUCUGCAGUUGUUUAGUGUUCUCCCCAAUUUCGGAGUCUGUAUUGGGCCUUCCUUCUACUUGACUCGGGCAAGGCAAGUGCUCUGCUACAAAAGUAAUGAAACCUGAGAUACUAACUAAAAAUAGUCUGUUUUGUCGGUGUUAUAAAAAUGCGAUAAAAAAGGGUAGCAUAAUAAAAUUUUGAAUUCUAAGCCUUUAGAGAAGUCCUUCAGAAUUCUUGGAAUUAUGGGUCUAUCAUUUAAGUUGCUUAUUUACUAUUAAAUACACAUAGAAAAUAUGUAAAAAUGUUUUUUUUAUUGAAAAUGGACAUUUGGAAUAAAAGAAAGCAAAACUUUAAAUGACCCUUUUUUAGAUUUCUUUUCCAGUGCCAUUGCCGCCAGAAAACAACUUUUUUUAUUCUACCUUUUUUGUCAGCCAAAAUACAGAAAAGUCCCAUUAGAUUUGUAAGAUCC